AUCUAGGUUUUACCUUUUCCCUCAUGCAUUUCGUUCGACUUUGUUCCUUUGCACACGAAUGUAGAAUUUUUCACGAGUUCUUCAUCGUCGGCGUUCGACUUUGCUCCUUCGACGACAUUACCUUUCUGUUGGAUCGGAUUUUACGACAUUUUUUUUAUCUGAAGCAACAACGGGAGCUCGCUUGCUGUGAAGUUUUUCUAUACUGCGGGUUGCUUCAUUGAUUGCCUCGAAAGUCCCGGUCUGUCGUUAGCCGGUGCACAGACACGCUCAUUUUAGAACUAAUACAGUCGCGUGAUUCAGCGGGCAGAAGCCUGAUUAAUGUUUUGAAGAGACGGGAUAGUUGAUUUGUUCGAAGGCAGUAGCGUAGAAAAGAGGAUUCGAUCUCUCCAAGCAUUCGCACUCCAGGAUCCUCUCCGCAUUGGCGUGACAUCCCUCUUCGCUAUCAGUUCGCGACUCCAAGAGCUCCCUCCUGGCUUUCCAGUCAUUUAUAAUGAUCGUUGUGAACACGCCGAAAAAGAAGCUCACGUUCACCAACUACGCUUAUUGCUCAUCCUGCGAUUUUCAGAAGUUUGCAAUCCCUAGAUCCAGCUCUGUUCAGGUUAUCGUUAGACAAACAGAGAAAAAUGUGAGGGAUUUAUUUGCAGAUACAGAACAAGAACAAAGGGCACGAGUUGAUCAAAGUGACUUACAUGUCAUCAUAUUUGAUGAAAUUGAUGCUAUUAUUUGUAAGCCUAGAGGGUCGACACGGAAUGAUUAUGGUGUUUAUGAAAGUAUUGUGAACCAGUUACUCAGUAAGAUUGAUGGGGUUGAGGUCUUAAAAAAUAUCCUCCUCAUUGGAACAACCAGCAGGAGAGAUUUAAUGGAUGAAGCAUUAUUAAGGCCUGGGAGAUUGGAGAUUCAUGUUGAGUUCAACCUUCCUGAUGAAAAUGGACGUCUCCAGAUCCUACAAAUCCACACAAAUAAAAUGAAAGAAAACUCUUUUCUAGCUGCAGAUGUAAAUCUUCAGGAGCUCGUUGCACUGACAAAGAAUUUUAGCGGAGCAAAGCUAGAAGGUAUCUUAAAAGAUGCAGUUUCAUUUGCCUUGAAUAGACAACUAAGCAUUGAUGAUCGCAUCAAAGCACUGAAUGAAGAAAACAUAAAAGUUACCAUAAAUGAUCUUUUGAAUAGCCUUCAUGAAAUUAUUAUUUCAUUUGGUGCUUCCACAGAUCAACGGUGCAGGCUGCUGGAAUUUGCUGCCGUUGGUCCUCGAUUUUCAAAUUUGAUUACACAAUCCUUGCAUGUCUAUUUAGAAAGUCUUCCUCCAAAGGGAAAGAAUAUGCUUGUUAUUGGAACUACAAGUGAGGUCGAAUUUCUAGGGUCUAUUGGAUUUUACAACGCAUUUUUUGUUACUUAUCAUGUCCCAGCAUUGGCCAAGGCAGAUGUCAUAAAGGAGGAGGAUGCUAAGGUGAAGAGAGCAUUCCAAACUCUCCUGACUUAUGUAGGCAAUGUCGCAAGGAAUCCUAAUGCGGAAAAAUUCAGGAAGAUCUGACUAAAUAACACAACGUUUCAGGUAACAAAGGGAACUCAAUCAACACUAGAUUAACAAGUUUAAAAUAAUUAUUGUUCUUACUACUGGAGCCAUUAUCAAUCAAACUAUCUUUCUUCUUUCCAACUGUUCUUUAAUAUGAUAGAGUUGGAAGUCUCCAUGGCGGUAUCGAAUUUCUGGAGAUUUGUGGGUUUGAAAAGCAGGAAGGUGGCGAGUUCUUGUUUCUUCCUGGAGACAAUGUGGACAUGGUUGUUCUGAACUUCGCUGGAUCCCAGCUAAACUCUGCCAUCACAAAUUCUUUCUUUGGAAUUCUGUAAGCUACAUAACUCAACUUGACCUGUUGGUUGAGAGCUUAUGCUUCCAACUAAGAGGUCUUGGGUUCGAGUCUUUGUGUAUGCGUUGUAUGUAUGAGUUUGUCUUAAAUGACUUAAAUGUCCAAAAAAAAAAUUUCUGUAAGCUACUUGCAACCAAGAAUCUUCACUGUUUUU